CCGCAGGGCGCGGUGAAGCGGCAGGCGCUCUACGCCUGCAGCACCUGCACGCCGCCCGGCGCCGAGCCAGCGGGGAUCUGCCUGGCCUGCAGCUACGAGUGCCACGGCACCCACCGCCUCUUCGAGCUCUACACCAAGAGGAAUUUCCGCUGUGACUGUGGAAAUAGCAAGUUCAAAAAUCUGCAGUGCAAGUUACUCCCGGAAAAGGGCAAGGUGAAUUCAGGAAAUAAAUAUAACGACAAUUUCUAUGGAUUGUACUGUACAUGUAAAAGACCUUACCCUGAUCCUGAAGAUGAGAUUCCAGAUGAGAUGAUUCAAUGCAUAGUUUGUGAAGACUGGUUCCAUGGAAGGCAUCUCGGUGCAGUUCCCCCUGAAAGUGGAGACUUCCAUGAAAUGGUGUGCCAGGCCUGCAUGAAACGUUGCCAUUUCCUAUGGGCUUAUGCAUCACAAUUAGCAGUUCCUCCAUUGACCAAAGCAAACUCCCUUGAAGAUGAAGGGAUUGUCCUGAAGGUAGAGGAAAGUGAAGAGCAAAAGAAAGAAAUAAAAAAAGAAAGUGGAGUGGAACACCAUAACACAAAGGAAGAAAAGCAAUCAGAACAAUUUAAUGAGCCAUCCACUAGCUCUGGGUCUGCCUGUCCUGAGGUAGUUACUAAGAGUGAGGAGCCACUCUGCAAGCUAAAAGAGCUCCAAAGCAAGCCAUUUGUGAAAAAAGAUACUGCCACCUUUUGGCCAUCGAACUGGAGGAGCAAGUUGUGCACUUGUGAAGACUGUUUGAAAAUGUACUCAGAGCUUGAAGUCCAGUUCCUGACAGACGAAUGUGACACUGUCUUGGCUUAUGAAAAUAAGGGUACCAGUGACCAAGAGACAGAGAGGAGAGAUCCUUUAAUGGACACCCUUAACAGCAUGAACAGAGUCCAGCAAGUGGAACUCAUCUGUGAGUACAAUGAUUUAAAGACGGAACUGACUGACUAUCUCAGGAGGUUUGCAGAUGAGGGAACGGUGGUUAAAAGAGAAGACAUUCAGCACUUCUUCGAAGAAUUUCAGUCUCGGAAAAGGCGACGGACUAACAGGAUGCAGUACUACUGUAGUUAGACUGAGAGGGUUUGGGUUGAAAGGACAACUGGCAAAACAAUGUUCACUGGCAAACAGAAAAAACAUCUUCAAUUUUUGGCUUCUCAUCAAAAUCCAGCUGUCCAAGAAACAUCAUCAUUUUGUCUUAGACUUCCUUCAUUCGUAUCACUUAAAACAUGGGCUUAACAAAUC